AAAGAUGAUGACAUUGAAGAGGGGGAUCUUCCCGAACACAAGAGGCCUCCAGCACCAAUAGAUUUCUCAAAAAUUGAUCCAGGCAAGCCUGAAAGUAUCCUGAAGCUGACGAAAAAGGGGAAGACUUUGAUGAUGUUUGUCACGGUGUCGGGAAAUCCCACAGAAAAGGAGACAGAAGAAAUUACUAGCUUGUGGCAGGGCAGUCUCUUCAAUGCAAACUAUGAUGUGCAAAGGUUUAUUGUUGGCUCAAAUCGUGCCAUCUUCAUGCUACGUGAUGGCGGUUAUGCCUGGGAGAUCAAAGACUUUCUGAUAAACCAAGAAAGGUGUGCGGAUGUUACUCUGGAAGGUCAGGUUUACCCUGGCAAAGGAGCAGAAGAAAGUGAGAAAGUGAAAAACAAAACAAAACCCGAAAAAGCAAAGAAGAAAAAAGACGGAGACAAGAAAUCUAAUAGCAUCAAAGAGGACAACCGAGCAACCAAACAGAGAGAGGAUCUAUGACGGACAUGUUAACCAGACUGAAUCCUGCUCUGCUGUUCCUUGAGGGGAAACUAAAUUUCCACACAAUUCCUGGCUUUACUGGGGGGGAAGGAAGGAAGCAGAGAUUACUGAGGUUGAAAGACUUCUAUGUUGAAAUUCACCAGUUUACUUAUUAAUGUUGGCCAUUUGUUUAGUUACAG